GCGCUAUGAUGGCCACGACAAGCCCGUGCCCAGAGCCGGUAAACCUCCUUUGCCCAAGCCAGAUACCUACAUGUGCCUGAUACGUGCCCAGUCAAAGUCCCAGAAGAUUUCCACCGUCGUGCGACAGGAGGAUGUGCCAACCAUGAUGGGAAUGUACUCCCAGUUCAUGAAGAGCAAAAUGGACGGCCUGAAGCGGGUGAAGAAAGUUAAAAGCAAGGCCAAGGCGGCAAAGGGAUAAGUUAUGAGGGGAAGUGUUUUUUUUGGUUUAGAUAGAUUUUAGGCGUUGGGUAAAAACUCAAUGUGGUCAUUUGUUUUAAAUGCAUAAUUUUCUACAGUAA